AUGGCGGAGCCCCGGGGUCUCCUCUUGCUCUGUGUCCUGGUCUCCUGCCUGGCAAACUCCAGCUUCAUCAGGGGCCAGAAGGUGCAGUUCAAACGCUGCGACAUCAAGACCAAGUUGGUAGAGCACACACCCUGCACCACAUGUACUGCCAUCCAGAAGCAGGUGUGUCCCUCGGGCUGGCCUCGGCGUUCCCCAGAGAAGAUCUCUCAGGACUGCCGCUACGAGAUAAAGCUAGGGGACACUCUGAUGUCCAAGAGCGGCUGCAGCCUGGAAUGCUGGAAAGAAGUGGAGCAGAAAGCCUGCUGCCCUGGUUACUGGGGGUCCCAGUGCUAUGAGUGCCCUGGGGGAGCUGAGACACCAUGCAAUGGCCACGGGACCUGCCUGGAUGGCAUGGCCAGGAAUGGGACCUGCGUGUGUCAGGAAAACUUCAGUGGCUCAGCCUGCCAGGAGUGCCGAGAUCCCCACCGGUUCGGGCCAGACUGCCAAUCAGUAUGCAGCUGUGUGCACGGCGUGUGCAAAAGUGGGCCGCUAGGGGAUGGGAGCUGCCUGUGCUUUGCUGGAUACACCGGCCCCCGCUGUGACCAAGAGCUACGCAUCUGCCAAGCCCUGAGCUGCCCCCAGCAUACCCAGUGCUCUGCAGAGGACCCCACCUGCAAGUGCCUGCCCGGCUACACCCAGCAAGGCAGUGUAUGCCUAGCUCCCAACCCCUGCCAGCCAUCACCCUGUUCCCCGCUGGCCCGAUGCUCAGUAAGUCCCAACGGGAAGGCUCAGUGUCACUGCCCUGAGAACUACCAUGGCGACGGGAAGGUGUGUCUGCCCCAGGACCCUUGCACCAUUGACUAUGGUGGCUGCCCCAGCAACUCUACUUUGUGUCUGUAUCAGAGGCCAGGCAAGGCCACCUGCUCAUGUCAACCAGGCCUGAUCAGCAUCAACAACAAUGCCUCUAUGGGCUGCUUUGCUGUCUGCUACCCCUACUCCUGUGACCUGUCAGCCACCUGCCAGUUGACCCCUGAAGGGAAGACCAGAUGUGUGUGCAAGGAAGAUGAGGUGGGGGACGGGCAUGCCUGCUAUGGACACUUGCUUUCCGAGGUGCAGAAGGCCAGGCAGAUAGGCCUGUUGGUCGUGCAGCUAAGAGUUGCCAUCAGCAUGUUUGAGCAAGGCUGCCAGGAGAUCCUUACCUCGUCAGGACCCUUCACUGUGCUCGUGCCAUCCAUCAUCUUCUCCAGAUUCUUCACCACCAAGACCAUGAGCCCAUUGCUGGCCCAGAAGCUCUGCAGACAGUACAUUAUCCCCGGGCAGCACAUGCUAGAGGACUUGGGUCUCCAGAGCACACACACGUGGUGGACACUGGCCGGGAAGGAGAUAACUGUUACUAACAACCGCCGGAGAUACAGCUUCGUAUACAAAGACCAGCCCCAGAAGACGUUCAACAUCCAAAAGCCCAACUACCUAGCAGCCAACGGUAUCUUCCAUGUAGUCAGUUACCUGCGGUGGGAGCUCCCACCUGGGAUGUCCAGGGACCCCAAGAGUCCUCAUGAAGAUUCCUCCCAGCAGAAAACCAUUGGCCAGAUCCUGGCCUCCACUGAGGUCUUCAGCCGGUUUGAAAUCAUCCUGGAGAACUGUGGGCUGCCCUCCAUCCUGGAUGGGCCCGGGCCCUUCACAGUCUUCGCUCCAAGCAACGAGGCGGUGGAUAGCCUGCGCGAUGGCCGUCUCAUCUACCUCUUCACGGCAGGUCUCUCCAAACUGCAGGAGCUGGUGAGGUACCACAUCUACAACCACGGCCAGAUGACAGUAGAAAAACUCAUCUCCAAGGGGCGGGUCCUCACCAUGGCAAACCAGGUCCUGAAUGUGAAUAUCUCUGAGGAGGGGCGCAUCCUGCUGGGACCUAAGGGAGUCCCUCUGCGGAGAGUGGAUGUGCUGGCUUCCAACGGUGUGAUCCACAUGCUGGAGGGCAUCCUGCUGCCCCCAACCAUCCUGCCCAUUCUGCCCAAGCACUGUGGCGAGGACCAGUACAAUAUUGUGGCGGGCUCCUGUGUGGACUGCCAAGCCCUGAACACCAGCACGUGUCCCCCCAACAGUGUGAAGCUGAACAUCUUCCCCAAGGAGUGUAUCUACAUCCACGACCCUAUGGGGCUCAAUGUGCUCAAGAAGGGCUGUGCCCGGUACUGCAACCAGACUGUCACGAAACUUGGCUGCUGCAAAGGGUUUUUUGGGCCUGACUGCACUCAGUGUCCUGGAGGCUUCUCCAACCCCUGCUACGGCAAAGGCAAUUGCAGUGACGGGAUCCAGGGCAAUGGGGCCUGCCUCUGUUUCCCUGACUACAAGGGCCUCGCCUGCCACAUCUGCUCUAACCCAAACAAGCAUGGAGACCAGUGCCAGGAAGACUGUGGCUGUGUUCAUGGUCUUUGUGACAAUCGUCCAGGCAGUGGGGGUGUGUGCCAGCAUGGCACAUGUGCCCCGGGCUUCAGAGGUCGCUUCUGCAAUGAGUCGGUGGAGGACUGUGGGCCCACGGGGCUGGCCCAGCACUGCCACCCCAAUGCCCGCUGUGUUAGCCAGGAGGGUGUGGCCCGGUGUGUCUGUCUUGAUGGCUUCGAGGGGGACGGCUACUCCUGCACGCGCAGCCACCCCUGCUCCCGCCCUGACCGUGGUGGCUGCUCAGAGAAUGCUGAGUGUGUGCCUGGUGACAAGGGCACCCACCAUUGCACGUGCCACAGGGGCUGGAGUGGGGACGGCCGCGUCUGUGUAGCCAUUGAUGAGUGUGGGCUGGACACUCGAGGUGGCUGCCAUGCUGAUGCCCUCUGCAGCUACGUGGGCCCUGGGCAGAGCCGAUGCACCUGCAAGCUGGGCUUCGCCGGGGAUGGCUAUGAGUGCAGCCCCAUCGACCCCUGUCGGGCAGGCAACGGUGGCUGUCAUGGCCUGGCCACCUGCCAGGCAGUGGGGGGAGGUCAGCGGAUCUGCAAAUGCCCCCCUGGGUUUGGAGGUGAUGGUCUUAGUUGUUAUGGAGACAUCAUCCGGGAACUCCAGGCCAACGCCCACUUCUCCGCCUUCUCCCAGUGGUUCCAGAAUGCCAGCAUCACUCUUCCUGCCAACGGCCAAGUCACAGCCCUGGUGCCCUCUGAGUCCGCCAUCCGUAGGCUGAACCCUGAGGACCGGGCCUUCUGGCUGCAGCCGAAGAUGCUACCACACCUAGUCAGGGCCCAUUUUCUCCAGGGUGCUCUCUCUGAGGAGGAGCUAGCCCGGCUGGACAGACAAAAUGUGACCACCUUGGACCCUACCACACGCUGGGAGAUUCGCAACAUCAGUGGGAGGGUCUGGGUGCAGAACGCCAGCGUGGAUGUAGCUGACCUCCUCGCCACCAAUGGUGUCCUACACAUCCUCAGCCAGGUCUUGUUGCCUUCCCGAGCUGAUGUGCAAGGUGGGCAGGGGUUGCUUCAGCAGUUGGACCUAGUACCUGCCUUCCGCCUCUUUCGGGAGCUUCUGCAGCGCCAUGGCUUGGUGCCCCAGAUCGAGGCUGCCACUGCCUACACCAUCUUUGUGCCCACAAAUGGCUCCCUGGAGGCCCAGAGCAAUGGCAGCAGCUUGAAUGCAGACACAGUGCGACACCAUGUGAUCCUGGGGGAAGCACUCUCUGUGGAAGCCCUGCGGAAGGGGGGACACCGCAACUCCCUCCUGGGCCCUGCCCACUGGCUUGUCUUCUACAACCACAGUGGCCAGCCUGAGGUGAACCACGUGCCGCUGGAAGGCCCUUUGCUGGAGGCCCCUGGCAGUUCGCUGUUUGGCCUGUCUGGCGUCCUGACAGUGGGCUCAAGCCGCUGUCUACACAGCCAUGCAGAGGCCCUGAGGGAGAAAUGCAUAAACUGUACCGGGAAGUUCCGCUGUACUCGGGGCUUCCAGCUGCAGGACACACCCAGGAAGAGCUGUGUCUACAGAUCAGGCUUCUCCUUCUCCCGGGGCUGUUCUUACACAUGUGUCAAGAAGAUUCAGGUGCCCGACUGCUGCCCCGGCUUCUUUGGGACACUGUGCGAGCCAUGCCCAGGGGGUCUGGGUGGUGUGUGCUCAGGCCACGGGCAGUGCCAGGACAGGCUCCUGGGCAAUGGGGAGUGCCGCUGUCACGAGGGCUUCCACGGAACCGCCUGCGAGAUGUGCGAGCUGGGCCGCUACGGGCCCUCCUGCACUGGAGUGUGUGACUGUGCCCACGGGAUGUGCCAGGAGGGGCUGCAAGGGGACGGAAGCUGUGUCUGUAAUGUGGGCUGGCAAGGCCUCCGCUGCGACCAGAAAAUUGUUGGCCCUCAGUGCCCCAAGAAGUGCGAUCCCAACGCCAACUGCAUACAGAACUCCACUGGAUCCCCGACCUGCGUCUGCGCUGCGGGCUACUCGGGCAAUGGCAGCUAUUGCUCAGAGGUGGACCCCUGUGCCAAUGGCCAUGGGGGCUGCUCCCCCCACGCCAACUGCACCAAGGUGGCACCUGGGCAGCGGACGUGCACCUGCCAGGAUGGCUACACAGGCGACGGGGAGCUGUGUCAGGAAAUUAACAGCUGUCUUAUCCGCAAUGGGGGCUGUCACAUUCAUGCCGAAUGCAUCCCCACAGGUCCCCAGCAGGUCUCCUGCAGCUGUCGCGAGGGUUACAGUGGAGAUGGCAUCCGGACCUGUGAUCUUCUGGACCCCUGCUCCCAGAACAAUGGAGGCUGCAGCCCUUAUGCCACAUGCAAAAGCACAGGCGAUGGCCAGAGGACAUGCACCUGUAACAGAAUCCACACUGUGGGAGAUGGCUUCACCUGCCGUGCCCGCCUCGGCCUGGAGCUCUUUCGGGACAAGCAUGCCUCAUUCUUCAGCCGCCAUCUCCUGGAAUACACGGAGCUCAAGGGAAACGGGCCUUUCACAGUCUUCGUUCCACAAGCAGAUCUAAUGACCAACCUGUCGCAAAAUGAGCUGGCUCGGAUUCGUGCAAAUCGCCAGCUUGUGUUCCGCUACCACGUGGUUGGCUGCCAGCAGCUUCACACCCAGGAGCUGCUGGACCAGGGCUAUGCCACAGCACUCUCUGGGCACACCCUGCGCUUCAGCGAGAGGGAGGGCAGCGUAUACCUCAACGACUUCGCGCGUGUAGUAAGCAGCGACCACGAAGCAGUGAACGGCAUCCUGCACUUCAUCGACCGCGUGCUGCUUCCGCCAGAAGUACUACACUGGGAGCCUGAUGCCACCCCGAUCCCGAGCCCUCUGAGAAAUGUCACCGACGCUGCUGAGAGCUUUGGUUACAAGAUCUUCAGCCACCUUAUGACGGUAGCUGGCCUCCUGCCCAUGCUUCGAGAUGUGUCCCACAGGCCCCUCACAAUGCUGUGGCCCACAGAUUCUGCCCUGCAAGCCCUGCCUCCUGAUCGGCAGGCCUGGUUAUACCAUGAGGACCACCGUGAUAAGUUGGCAGCUAUUCUGCGGGGCCAUGUGAUCCGCAAUGUUGAGGCCUUGGCAUCUGACAUGCCCAACCUUGGUUCACUCCGAACCAUGCAUGGGACCCCCAUCUCCUUCUCCUGCAGUCGUGCUCGGCCUGGUGAGCUCAUGGUGGGUGAGGAUGAUGCCCGCAUUGUGCAGCGGCAUAUGCCCUUUGAAGGUGGCCUGGCCUAUGGCAUUGACCAGCUACUAGAGCCACCUGGUCUUGGUGCCCGCUGUGAUCGCUUUGAAACCCGGCCACUACGACUGAAGACUUGCAGCAUCUGUGGCCUGGAGCCACCCUGUCCUGAGGGCUCGAGGGAGCAGGGCAGCCCUGAGACCUGCUGGCGCUACUACGCAAAAUUAUGGUCGAGCCCUUCCCUGCAUUCCCUGGCACUUGGCAACAUCUGGGUGCGGCCCAGCUUCUGGAGCCAUCCCCAAGGCAAGAGCAGGGGCUGCCACCGCAACUGUGUCACCACCACGUGGGUACCCAGCUGUUGCCCUGGUCACUAUGGCAGCGAGUGCCAAGCUUGUCCCGGCAGCCCCAGAAGCCCCUGUAAUGGUCAUGGCGUGUGCCUAGACGGCAUGAGUGGCAGUGGGCGGUGUAGAUGCCAUUCAGGUUUUACAGGGACAGCCUGUGAACUGUGCACCCCGGGUUUUUUUGGACCCCAAUGCCAAGCCUGCAGCUGCACCUCCCAUGGCCGCUGUGAUGAGGGCCUGGGAGGCUCUGGCUCCUGCUUCUGUGAUGAAGGCUGGACUGGGCCACACUGUGAGGUGCAGCUGGAGCUGCAGCCUGUGUGUACUCCACCCUGUGCAUCCCAGGCCAUGUGCCGUGCGGGCAACAGCUGUGAGUGCAGUCUAGGCUAUGAAGGCGACGGCCGUGUGUGCACAGUGGCAGACCUGUGCCAGGAUGGGCAUGGUGGCUGCAAUGAACAUGCCAACUGCAGCCAGGUGGGCACAGUGGUCACCUGUGUCUGCCUGCCCGACUAUGAGGGUGAUGGUUGGAGCUGUCGGGCCCGCAAUCCCUGUGCAGAUGGCCACCGUGGAGGCUGCAGUGAGCAUGCCGACUGUCUCAACACUGGCCCAAACACACGUCGCUGUGAGUGCCAUGCAGGCUAUGUGGGCGACGGACUGCAGUGUCUGGAGGAAGCUGCGCCGCCUGUGGACCGCUGUUUGGGUCACCCGUCACCCUGCCACACAGAUGCUGUGUGCACUGACCUACAUUUUCAGGAAAAGCAGGCAGGUGUCUUCCACCUCCAGGCCACCAGCGGCCCUUAUGGCCUGAACUUCUCAGAGGCUGAGGCAGCCUGUGGGGACCAGGGAGCUGUCCUUGCUUCUCUCUCUCAACUCUCUGCUGCCCAGCAGUUGGGCUUCCACCUGUGUCUUAUGGGCUGGCUGGCCAAUGGCUCUGCUGCCCACCCUGUCGUCUUCCCUGCCGCCGACUGUGGUGAUGGUCGGGUGGGUGUAGUCAGCCUAGGCGUCCGCAAGAACCUCUCAGAGCGCUGGGAUGCCUACUGCUACCGUGAGCAAGAUGUGUCUUGCCAAUGUAAGGCCGGCUUUGUAGGUGAUGGGAUUAGCAUAUGCAAUGGGAAGCUGCUUGAUGUCCUGGCUGCCACUGCCAACUUCUCCACCUUCUACGGGAUGCUACUGAGCUAUGCCAAUGCCACCCAGAAGGGUUUUGACUUCCUGCGCUUCCUGGAUGAUGAGCUCACCUAUAAGACACUCUUCGUCCCUGUCAACGAAGGUUUUGUGGACAACAUGACACUGAGUGGUCCAGACCUGGAGCUGCAUGCUUCCAAUGCCACCUUCCUGAGCACCAAUGCCAGCCAGAGGACCCUGCUCCCUGCCCACUCGGGCGUCAGCCUCGUCAUUAGUGACACAGGCCCUGGCAACAAUUCUUGGGCCCCUGUGGCCCCAGGGGCAGUUUUGGUUGGCCGUGUCAUCAUAUGGGACAUCAUGGCCUUCAAUGGCAUCAUCCAUGCUCUGGCCAGCCCCCUUCUAGCACCCCCUCAGCCUGGAGCAGUGCUGGCACCAGAAGCCCCACCGGUGGCAGCGGGUGUCGGGGCAGUGGUUGCUGCUGGAACACUGAUCAGCCUGGUGGCCGGCGUGCUCUACCUCCGUGCUCGGGGCAAGCCCACAGGCUUUGGCUUCUCUGCUUUCCAGGCAGAAGAUGAUGCUGGUGACGACUUCUCCCCAUGGCAAGAAGUGAACAGCCCCACCCUGGUGUCUGUCCCCAACCCUGUGUUUGGCAAUCAUGAUGCCUUUUGUGAGCCCUUUGAUGAUUCGCUCCUGGAAGAUGACUUCCCCGACACCCAGAGGAUCCUGGCAGUCAAGUGAAAGGCCGAGAUGGGCACGCGGAGGCAGGAGGCACCUUUAUUGCUUGUCUGGCUGGAUGCCCAGAGUGGAUGGGACUGGGAGGAUUAGGGGUCUGUCCUGCAAUAAAAAUGCCCUCAGCGGAUGUGGGCCAUGUCACCUAGGAA